AUAUUUUUUUUUUUUUGGGAAAACUUUUGUACUUUUCUCGUGUGUGAAGAAAAAUCCCUUUUCAUCAAAGGUGUUCAGGUGUGUUUCUUCUGCCAUGAAAGCUCAGCGUGUGUCAGACGGUUUGCGCAGAUGCUGGAAAUCUGCUGCCUGGAUCCUCACCUGCCUGCUGGCAUCACUGUUUCUCAUCGCCAUCACCGAUAUUCUGCCAUCCGGAGAUCACAAACUGAAACGAAGAUCGAUCCCCACCAACAACACAAAUGUUCCCGUGAAAACCCAGUCUCAAGUGCGGCUGGUCAACGGUAAAUCCCAGUGUGAGGGUCGUGUGGAGGUCCUGCAUAACGGUACAUGGGGGACGGUGUGUGAUGAUGACUGGGACAUGGUGGACUCCAAUGUGGUCUGCAGACAGCUGGACUGCGGUGUGGCCAUUGCCGUCGGGAGCAGCUCCAGGUUCGGCCAGGGCUCCGGUCCAAUCCUGCUGGACAAUGUGGACUGUAAAGGAAGAGAGAUGGACUUGAGUCAGUGUGGGAAUCAGGGAUGGGGCGUUCAUAACUGCUACCAUUAUGAAGAUGUUGCCGUCACAUGUAGAGGCAAUAAUGUAGUUGAACUGCGAGUGGCACCCACCACACCAACCCCUCUGAGCUCUGGAUUAAGAGAUGGAUCAGUUCGUCUGGCGGGGACGGCGGACCGCUGUCAGGGCCGGGUGGAGGUCUACUAUCAGGGAAACUGGGGGACGGUGUGUGAUGAUGACUGGAGCAUGGCAGAUGCCACAGUCGUGUGUCAACAGGUCAGCUGCGGGUCAGCGGUCGGCGCUCCUACAAAUGCUUACUUCGGCUACGGCACAGGCCGGAUUCUGCUGGACAACGUGAACUGUAAUGGGCAGGAGAGCAGCCUUGCCUCCUGCUACAGCCUCGGGUGGGGAGUCAAUAACUGUGGACACCAUGAGGACGCCGGCGUCAUCUGCUCAGGUUCAAGCUCCACCAUGAUGCCGGAUAUAAACACAGAUACUGCAGGCAGGGGAUUCCUCAUUCCAGAAAGCACAGCAGUGACAGACAUGCCAGUGGCAGCUACUGAAAUGACAACCACAGUGACGACUACUGCAUCAACCACCAAAGAGAAGCCUAGUAUUCGUCUGGUGAACGGUCAGGACAGUUGUCAGGGCAGAGUGGAGGUGCUGUACUUCACCAUCUGGGGAACGGUGUGUGAUGAUGACUGGGAUAUGGACAACGCUCAGGUGGUCUGCAAGCAGAUGGGGUGCGGCCCGGCCCUCGCUGCCAAAUCUCUGGCUUUCUUCGGCUACGGCUCUGGUCCAAUCCUGCUGGACAAUGUGGACUGUAACGGCAGCGAGCAGAAGCUGAGCGACUGCUUCAAUCUGGGCUGGGGACAGCAUAACUGCGGACAUUACGAGGACGCUGGAGUCAUCUGUGCAUCGCCUAUGGAUUUUGUGGCAAUGGGAAGGGACUUUGUAGGGAUAACAGACAAGCCUUCAAUAACUACAACUACAACUGCAACAACUACAACCACAACACCAGCGGAUGCGUCCAUCAGGCUGAUUGGCGGUGUGCAUCGCUGCGAGGGCCGUGUGGAGAUUUACCUGAGAGGAGAAUGGGGAACGGUGUGCGAUGACGCCUGGGAUCUUACGGACGGUACGGUGGUGUGCAGACAGAUGGGCUGCGGCGGGGCAAGAGUGGCCCAGGGCAUGGCGUUUUUCGGUCCCGGUCGCGGCACCAUCCACAUGGACAAUCUGAAAUGCACGGGCGCAGAAGGCACUCUCAUCCGCUGCUCGCACAUAGCAUGGAACGUCCACAACUGUGACCAUUCAGAGGACGCCAGUGUCACAUGUGCACUCUAAUGACUCCGCCCACCACAGGCCACGCCCACCUGGCUGAUCCAAUGGAGACACUGGAGUGGAACAGGACUUGUAUAAGUUGUACAUAACACCUCACGCCAACCCUGAUGGAUAGAUUAAAAAAAUAAAUAGUUAAUUGGGUUGGAAACAAGAAGAAAAUAUGAAUAAGUUAUGCAAAUACUGUUAUACAGGGUGGGAGAAAAGUAACUAGGCUUCAAAGAGGACCUAUUAUGCAAAAACCACCUCAGUGUGUGAAUAUUACCAGCCUCUAAUGAUAAAAAUCUAUUAUUUUUUAUAAUCAGACUUGAUAAAAACAGUCUACAGAAACACUUUGAUUGACAUUUUACGUGUCAUCAGAGAAGCAAAGCCCCGCCCACUAGUGACCAUCUCUCCCUCAUUAGCAUAGGACCUUAGUCUUGUUUUUGAAUCUGCCACUAUGCUGACACAUAAGCAUUCAUAGCUCCGCCCUCUUUUUAAAAAAGAGCACAAUCUCAUUUGAAUUUAAAGCGACAGUCACCAAAACGCCACAAUUAGGAUCAAUUAAGAUCUAAAAGGGUCAGUUUCAAAGAGUUAUAAAACAUUAUGUGUGGGGUAUUUUCACAUUGGUCCCAUUUAAAAAUAAAGCACAUCGUUGUAGUUCUGCCUUUCAUGACUGAUGCUCGAGCUGCACGAUAUUGGAAUAAAACAGACCGAGAGCCUCUACCGCUCGACCCCAUUGGAGCGUGUGUUUACAAAUGUCCAGUCCCGUGAAGGAGCUCCGGAUGGAAAGUUUCGUUUUGUGUUUACCUUAUGAUUAAAGUUGAUGCACAUCCGCCGGUUCUUGCCUCUGAAUGAGCGAGUUUGAGCCACUUGUACACUAAGGUAGUGUUCAGAAAAAACAAAACACCAGUGAAGUAACUCGACACAGAGGAACAUAAGAACCUCACUGCCAGCUAGUGUUUCAGAAGUGUAAUUGCAGAGCCACACAGCACGACUAAAUGCACGACUGCAUGCAAGGUAUGCGCCGUGGGUCACGCCGAUCACUCGAGGAAGUAUAAACCAAGCUUGAGCCAAUUCAGAUUCGACCUUCUUGCUGUGAGUGCUAACCACUGAGCCACUGUGCCACCAAAUCUUUGUUAUAUUUAGUGAAUUGUAGUUGCAUUUUAUUUAGAGCCUGUUCACUUUUCACCCACCCUGCAUACAUAAUAAACCUUAUGAACGACAAUUCUAAUUAUGCACUUUAUCAAGUAUAUGAAUGUGUACACAUAAGUGAGUAAAUAUGCUGAAUAUUUUAAGCUAUUGAUAAUACAGUGGAAACCAAAGUUUUAGAUAGUUCUCUCUUUAGGUUGUCGUUUUAAUGUAGUCUGGAAGCAGCGGAUUUAUUAUGCCAUACAAAAACUGAUGUACUGUACUGCUACUACUCACUCUUUUUUUCUAAUUAUAAAAAGGUUUGAUACUGAAAGUGGUUCUGUUUCAUUAA